AUGCAGCAGACUUCGCUCGACGAUAGCUUCGCCCAUCUUAGCCGCUUGUCGCAAAAGGCAGGUGUGCAAGCGACCUUGAUCCUCUCACGCGAGACUGGUGCUAUUGUUCGCUCCUCUGGCCUGGUGUCACGCGAUGAAGCUGCGAAUGUAGAGAGUACACUGCCAGCUUCCAAGGGCUUGACCGACGACCGAGCCGAUGGGACAAUGCCGAAUGCUGAACAUGUCGCUGAGAUCGUCUGGAAGUUCGCAAAGGCUGCCGGCGACAUGUUGCAAGAGCUGUCAAAUCUGCCCGAUGACGACGUAAAGUUGCUUAGACUACGCUCCAAGAAUAAGGAAUAUGUCAUCUUUCCAGAUGCCAAAUUUAUCGCCGUUGCCAUCCAUAACACUCCACCAGCAUGA